GUGCCCUCCACCACCAUCUUUCUCACUUUUCUCCCCGUUAGCAGUCAGGCGGUGGAGACGGCCAGUCUGCUAUAUUUCUCCAAAGAUGUUGUCCGUUCGUGUUGCAGCGGCCCUCGCUCGUACUCUGCCCAGGCGGGCUGGAUUUGUUUCCAAAAAUGUUGCAGCUGCCUGUGUAGGUGUCAAGAACCUGCACACCACCAGACCAUGGCUGCAGAAGACAGGCACUGCUGAGGUGUCCUCCAUCCUUGAGGAGAAGAUCAUGGGGGCAGAUACCACGGCUGACCUUGAGGAGACUGGCCGUGUGCUGUCUAUUGGGGAUGGUAUUGCAAGAGUAUACGGGCUGAGGAAUGUGCAGGCUGAAGAGAUGGUUGAGUUCUCCUCUGGCCUGAAGGGUAUGUCUCUGAACUUGGAGCCUGACAAUGUUGGUGUCGUGGUGUUCGGUAACGACAAGCUAAUCAAAGAGGGUGACAUUGUCAAGAGAACCGGUGCCAUUGUGGACGUCCCAGUCGGUGAUGAGCUGUUGGGCCGUGUUGUGGAUGCUUUGGGCAAUGCCAUCGAUGGAAAGGGUCCCUUGGGAUCCAAGGCCCGCAGGAGGGUUGGCCUGAAGGCCCCUGGCAUCAUCCCAAGGAUCUCUGUGCGUGAGCCCAUGCAGACUGGCAUCAAGGCUGUUGACAGUUUGGUGCCCAUUGGCCGUGGCCAGAGAGAGCUGAUCAUUGGUGACAGGCAGACAGGCAAAACUGCCAUUGCCAUUGACACCAUCAUCAACCAGAAGCGAUUCAAUGACGGAACUGAUGAGAAGAAGAAGCUGUACUGCAUCUAUGUCGCCAUCGGUCAGAAGAGGUCCACCGUGGCCCAGCUGGUCAAGAGGCUGACCGAUGCCGAUGCCAUGAAGUACACUAUCGUGGUGUCCGCCACCGCCUCCGACGCCGCCCCCCUGCAGUACCUGGCCCCCUACUCCGGCUGCUCCAUGGGAGAGUACUUCAGGGACAAUGGCAAGCAUGCCUUGAUCAUCUAUGAUGACUUGUCCAAGCAGGCUGUGGCCUACCGUCAGAUGUCCCUGCUGCUGCGUCGUCCUCCUGGUCGUGAGGCCUACCCUGGUGAUGUGUUCUACCUGCACUCCCGUCUGCUGGAGAGAGCGGCCAAAAUGAACGACAACUUCGGUGGAGGCUCUCUGACCGCCCUGCCUGUCAUUGAGACCCAGGCUGGUGACGUGUCGGCCUACAUUCCCACCAAUGUCAUCUCCAUCACAGAUGGCCAGAUCUUCCUGGAGACUGAAUUGUUCUACAAGGGCAUUCGUCCUGCCAUCAACGUGGGCUUGUCUGUGUCCCGUGUGGGAUCUGCUGCCCAGACCAGGGCCAUGAAACAAGUGGCUGGUACCAUGAAGCUGGAGCUGGCUCAGUACCGUGAGGUGGCUGCCUUUGCCCAGUUUGGCUCUGACUUGGAUGCUGCCACCCAGCAGCUGCUGAACCGUGGCGUGCGUCUGACCGAGCUGCUGAAGCAGGGACAGUACUCUCCCAUGGCCAUCGAGGAACAGGUAACAGUUAUUUAUGCCGGUGUCCGAGGUCACCUAGACAAAUUGGAGCCCAGCAAGAUCACCAAAUUCGAGAAGGCUUUCCUGCAGCACAUCCUCAGCCAGCACCAGGACCUGCUGGCCACAAUCAGAGCUGAUGGCAAGAUCUCCGAGGCAGCAGAUGCCAAACUGAAGGAGAUCGUGCUGAACUUCCUGUCCAGUUUCGAUGCUUAGUGCACACUUUUGAAUAGCUGUUCUCACAAUGUUGACAUUGUAUUUGUUCAAAUUCAGAACCUCAAAUUAUGAAUGUCCCAACAAUUACAGUUACCACUCGCCACUUACAGAUUUCUCUUACCAAAAUAAAAUGUUCCAACUCCUGAA